UGGGGUCGGGCGGGUACACGCUCGCUGCGUCGACGUGCUGACGACAGAAUGCCCGGGCCGGUGUGUGUGUCGGCGUGUAUGUAUGUGUGUGUAUGUGUGUGUGUAUAUGUGUGUUUGUGAGUGUGCGCGCUCCGGGAGUGUGUAUUUGUGUAUCGGCGGUCCCUCAGGUCCCGGAUGUUCCGGACAGUAUGAGGCGAGCGCGGGGGGCCGGGGACCAGCAGCUGUCGCCGCCGCUCUCAGAGACUUCCUGCUAGACAAGACAAAUUAGAGUUUUCCUACUGACUUGGAUGAACUUCUGUGUUUGGAACAGAGACGCAUUUUCUACCUGGUCCUAUUUUUGGAUAGAGAAUUAUGCAGAGAUUGAACCCAGGUCAUCAGGCUUACAAGGCAAGCACCUUUACCUGCUGAGCCAUCUGACCAGCUGUUCAUAAGGGUGAAGAAAAACAAAUUUUUGCUGCCUGACUUUGGAAAUCUAGUCUAACCUUCAAACUGGCGAUGUCAAGGGUUCCAAGUCCGCCACCUCCGGCAGAAAUGUCGAGUGGUCCUGUGGCUGAGAGCUGGUGCUACACACAGAUCAAGGUAGUGAAAUUCUCCUACAUGUGGACCAUCAAUAACUUUAGUUUUUGCCGGGAGGAAAUGGGUGAAGUCAUUAAAAGUUCAACUUUUUCAUCAGGAGCCAAUGAUAAACUGAAAUGGUGUUUGCGAGUAAACCCCAAAGGGCUAGAUGAAGAAAGCAAAGACUACCUGUCACUUUACCUGUUAUUGGUCAGCUGUCCAAAGAGUGAAGUUCGGGCAAAAUUCAAAUUCUCCAUUCUGAAUGCCAAGGGAGAAGAAACCAAAGCUAUGGAGAGUCAACGAGCUUAUAGGUUUGUGCAAGGCAAAGACUGGGGAUUCAAAAAAUUCAUCCGUAGAGAUUUUCUCUUGGACGAGGCCAAUGGGCUUCUCCCUGAUGACAAACUCACCCUCUUCUGUGAGGUGAGUGUGGUACAAGAUUCCGUCAAUAUUUCUGGCCAGAAUACCAUGAACAUGGUAAAGGUUCCUGAGUGCCGACUGGCAGAUGAGUUAGGAGGGCUGUGGGAGAAUUCCCGGUUCACAGACUGCUGCUUGUGUGUAGCUGGCCAAGAAUUCCAGGCUCACAAGGCUAUCUUAGCAGCUCGUUCUCCUGUUUUUAGUGCCAUGUUUGAACAUGAAAUGGAGGAAAGUAAAAAGAAUCGAGUUGAAAUUAACGAUGUGGAGCCUGAAGUUUUUAAGGAAAUGAUGUGCUUCAUUUACACGGGGAAGGCACCAAAUCUUGACAAAAUGGCUGAUGAUUUGCUGGCAGCUGCUGACAAGUAUGCCCUGGAGCGUUUGAAGGUCAUGUGCGAGGAUGCCCUCUGCAGUAACCUGUCUGUGGAGAACGCUGCAGAAAUUCUCAUCCUGGCUGACCUCCACAGUGCAGAUCAGCUGAAAACUCAGGCAGUGGAUUUCAUCAACUAUCAUGCUUCGGAUGUCUUGGAGACCUCUGGGUGGAAGUCAAUGGUGGUGUCACAUCCCCACUUGGUGGCUGAAGCAUACCGCUCUCUGGCUUCAGCACAGUGCCCGUUCCUGGGGCCCCCACGUAAACGCCUGAAGCAAUCCUAAGAUCCUGCCAGUUGUCAGACUUCAUUUAUUUUCCAGAAGCAGCAGCCACUGUUGCUGCCACUGACCACCAGGUAGACAGCGCAAUCUGUGGAGCUCUUACUCUGUUUCGGGGAAGACUGCAUCGUGGCCCCAGACUUUUAAAACAGCACUAAAUAACUUAGGGGACCGGGGGGAGGGAAGGGCCCGGGACUCGGGGCUACUCAACCUAAUAAACCCUGUUGCUGUGUCACCGUGUUCCCUAUGGCCAGGCCAAGUUUGGCACUUGGAUUCAGUUUAGGUGUUGGCCCCAAGCACACCCCAGCAGCAGUACUUCGGAGAAGCUUGCCUGCAUCUGACUGAGCAGAACAAACCAGCAGGUGCCUGGAGCAAAA